GAAAGUGGUAACCGGAAGCCGUGCUUGUUGUCAUGGCUGCAGACAUCACAUGAUGUCCUCCUGAGGAGUUGGACCAGGAAACUAUCUCAAGAGUUUGAAGUCUGACCGGAUCACGUCUGACAUCUUUAAACCGUGUAACGGUGCCGCUUCUCUGAACAUGUGACUCCACCACCGGGAGACACUCCUGUCACCGACCGAAGCACGUCCCUGCUCCGCCAUGUAGGCGGGUAGGCUCGACUCUGUUCACCGGUGUGCCUUCAGGACGCGUCCGUGAUAAAUCCUCCGAGGGCGAAAAACAACAACAACAACAACAACAACACUUUUAAUAACGUGUUCCGGGAUUUUCUUCACUUUUCCUCCUCCAGGGAAUUGAUGAGGUUGUGACGGAGCUCGCUGCUCCAUCCGCAGGUUUCCACCAUGACCGAGCGGACCCCGCUCCUCCACUACCGCCUCUCCACCAGCGUCAAUGAGUCCGCGCCUCGGACGCCUCCAGCGGGCCGGCCCCCGGAGCAGCACCCGGGCAGCCCCAGGCAGAGGCCCACCCAGCAGGGGCAACCCAAGAAGCUGUCCACGUUCUUCGGCGUGGUGAUCCCCACCCUGCUGUCCAUGUUCAGCGUGGUGGUGUUCCUGAGAAUAGACAUGAUCAGCCGAGCGUUGGGUCCAGAGUUUGGUGGCAGCAUCGGCAUCAUGUUCUUCCUGGCUAAUGUGUGCGGCAGCGCUCUGUUCGUGCUGGGUCUGGUCGAGGCCAUUUUGGGCACGUUCGGGAUGCCGGAAGACGGGACUAUGGCCACUUCGUCGUACCAGGUCUUGCCGUCGGGCUACUGGUGGUCUCUGCUAUAUGCCACAGGCGUCGCCCUGCUUUGUCUGCUGGUGUGCCUGGUGGGAGCCCACAUCUAUGCCAAGGCCACCUUCAUCAUCUUCCUGGUGGUCAUGUUUGUCCUGGGCACCAUCUUCAUCAGCUUCUUUGCCGUAGGGCCUCACACCGUUACGCUGCCCAGCUCGGCCACGUCCAACCCGACGAACGGAACGGGCCCUGUGUUUCCCACUACAGCCAACUUCACUGGGUUUAAGUUGGACACGCUGCUCGGGAACCUGUGGGCUGACUACACAGUGGAUUAUACUACACAAACUAUGAUGACCUUUGCCACGGUUUUCGCUGUGAUGUUUAAUGGCUGUACCGGCAUCAUGGCUGGUUCGAACAUGUCAGGUGACCUGAAAAGUCCCAGUUAUUCCAUUCCCCGUGGCACGAUCACAGCCGUCAUCUUCACCUUCAUCAUCUAUAACUUGCUCUGUGUGCUGGUGGCCUGCUCCUGUGAUCGUGUUCUGCUGCAGAGGGAUUACAGUUUCCUGAGGGACAUAAACGUCUGGAAACCCUUCGUCACCAUCGGGGUUUAUUCUUCCACGCUCUCCGCUGCCAUGAGCAACCUCAUUGGAGCCUCACGCAUCCUCUACGCCUUGGCCAGGGACGACUUGUUUGGUAAGGUUCUGUCUCCAGCCAAGAAGACGUCCCACAGCGGUAACCCCUGGGUCUCGGUGCUCAUCUCCUGGUUUUUUGUGCAGCUGGUGCUGUUUUCAGGGAAGCUCAACACCAUCGCCAGCAUUGUGACCAUUUUCUUCCUGCUGGUGUAUGCUGCUGUGGACCUGGCCUGCCUCGCCCUGGAGUGGGCCUCGGCACCUAAUUUCAGGCCCACCUUUCGUUACUUCACCUGGCAUACGUGCGUGUUGGGCAUUGUGGGUUGCGCCAUCAUGAUGUUCCUGAUCAAUGCCAUCUACGCCUCGGCCAGCAUCGCCUUCAUGCUGCUGCUGCUCCUGCUGAUUCACUACCUCAGUCCCACCUCCAGCUGGGGUUACAUCAGCCAGGCUCUCAUUUUCCACCAGGUGCGCAAGUAUCUGCUGAUGCUGGAUGUGAGGAAGGACCACGUCAAGUUCUGGAGGCCUCAGGUCCUGCUGAUGGUUUCUAACCCUCGCAGCAGCGUGGGCCUCAUCACCUUCAUCAACGACAUCAAGAAGAGUGGCCUUUACGUGCUUGGACACGUCCAGCUCGGAGACCUCAACAAUUUGCCAUCAGACCCUCUGCAGUGCCAGUAUGACUCCUGGUUGUCCCUGGUGGAUCAUCUGAACAUCAAAGCCUUUGUCAACCUGACUUUGGCCGAUUCUGUUCGUCACGGAGUCCAACAUUUGCUCUUCAUCUCUGGAUUAGGUGGGAUGCGUCCGAACACCCUCGUCCUCGGUUUCUAUGACAACAGUCUUCCACAGGACAGGCUGGUGGAUCCCACCCUGCCUACAAGUCAGGCCACAGAUCCCUCCGCGCCUUCUCAGGAGCUGGAGCAACAACCUCCUCUCUUCCACUUUGACCCCCUGCGGGUGUCCAGCAACAGAAAAGAUUAUGGGGAAUCUGGUGAUGGGAAGGUUCUGGGGCCCCAGGAGUAUGUAGCGAUCAUCGCUGAUGCCAUGAAGAUGCUUAAGAACGUGGUGCUGGCUCGAUACUUUGACAACUUUGACCGAACCCACAUCCUCUCACCAUCCUCCUCCCCAUUGAAGGGUACCGUGUACGUUGACGUCUGGCCGGUCAACCUCCUGCGACCGGACAGCUCUAGCUACGUCGAUACCUGCUCUCUUUUCCUGCUACAACUUGCUUGUAUCCUCAAUAUGGUAAGAGCCUGGCGUAAGGCCACGCUCCGUCUCUUCCUGUGCGUUGAGGAUGGGAGAAGCGUGAGAGGCUCAGGGGAGAAGCUCGGCCAGCUGCUGAAAGAUUUGAGAAUUAAAGCUCAGAUCUAUCCUGUGCCCUGGGACCAACAGGUGGCGCUACACUGGCAGCGUCAAGGCAUGUGUGGGAAGAAGCAGCAAUCUCAGUCUGAACCUGAUACCACCAAUGAAGAGCAGGAGCAGAGAAUAGACGAGGAAGAAGAUGUUGACGAUUACGUUAACAGCUUCCCGAGCAACACCACGCGCCUGUCGGAUGACUACCUGUCAGCUGUCAAUAAGCUGAUCCUGGACCAGGCCCGGCCACCUCCUGCUGUGCGCUUCCUGUACUUGCCCCGUCCUCCAGCUGACACCCGGCGCUACGCUGCCUACUUGCACCAGCUGGAGCUGCUGACUCGAGACCUGGGCCCCACGCUGCUCAUCCACGGAGUCACUCCUGUCAUCACCACUGAUCUUUGAGAGAUCCCCUUCUUGACACAUUGAGUGAACUGUGUCCAUCUGCUGCUGAAGGUUUUUCAUCAAGGUGUUUGGACCUAUUUUUACACAGCGUCGCCACAGACCUCAGCACUGUGACGACUCUGACCACAUAGAGGUGCAGUCUAUUUUUUAGAAUUUUUGAAAUGAAGAUUGAAUAUUAUACGGUACAUCAUGGCCAUUUGGGAUCGUAACCUUUUCUUGAUUUUAUGUCUGUUCUCAACUUGUAGAUCAGGUGUUCGCAGAACCUCUAGCACCUGAAGGCAUCAUAAAAUAUCAUUUUAGUCCAGCCGUGUCGUGUCUUCUCAGGUGGAUGUUGUCCCUGUGGAGCCACACAAUCAAUCUAAUCCACACAUGAGGCUGUUUUUAACAUAUUUGUACCAGGAGUAUAAUUCUGACAGAUUUGUCCAUGUGUCCACCAGCACUCACAUUGCCAAUACACCCCUGUCACUUUAUAAACUAGUUCCUCAUUCCUCCCUGUAAUAGAGGGACCUGUCUAAUUCCUGAUAUAUUCUAAGCUCAGUUCAAGGAAAAUAUCAAGGAAGGAACAAGCCCUUCCUUGAUAUUUUCAUUUGGUGUGCUGUGGCUCGAAUUCCUCUAAAUGAUCAUUCCAUAUGUCUCCACAUCAAAAAGUGCCUCACUAGUUAAACAGACAAGCAAGUUGGACUGCUUUACACCUUGGAACAGUCAUUUGCAGGAAACCUGCUUUUGCAUUUAAGUAACUUGGGACAAAGGAACAAUUGAGCAACAGUAAGGACAGAUCUCAGGUAGAGACAUUCCUCUUUUUUCCAAAUGCACUUUUGUCCGUCCUCUGCCAAACUGCAUAUUGUGCAGAUUCCCAAAAAGAACGUAAGACAUGUUUACAGCUCCAGAAAUGACUGAUUGUUUUUAUGUGUUUUAGAUGCUUUGUAACUUUGAGAUAAGUUUUUAUUAAUCAGUCACCACAGUGCUCGACCAGCCUGAAUGAAGUGCUUAAAUGAAUUUUAGUAUCUGCUCCACUCUGCAAGCCUUGACCUUUACCUGAAGUAUUUGCAAGUAUUUAAAGACAACAUGACAGCUCCCCAAAAGUGAAGCCAAAGCGUCUGGAUCGCCACCUGGUGGCCAGCUGUAGUAUAGGUCAUGGAUCCUGCCUCCUCCAUGUUAGUAGAUGGGACAUAGAUGAAGCUAAAAAGUACAAAUCAAACGCAUUAUCUCAAAGAUGGUGUCUGUCACUUUAUGUAGUUCUUAUCACACUGUUUGUGUUCAAGUGUUGAAGUUUGGUUGAACUUAAAAAUGUGGUGAAACAUCCCGAUUGACAGCUGAGACUGACGGUUGGUUUAGCGUGUGUAUCUGCGGGACCUCGAUACUGCAGCUUUACACCAUGAUCACUGCUCAGACAUCGACGCAAGAUGGCAGCGUCCGUAUCUACGAUAUCCUGCGUUUCUGAGAGUCGGAGGAAGAGGACACACGCCUUCAUCUUUGUAUACAGUCUGGUCAUACCACACCAAGUGAGGCUGUAGCAGCAAAACGUCUGGCCGCGAUGGUUCCAGCUUUUUAUGUGUGUAUGAGCCAAAGUAUGAUAUUCCUUGUCAAACGUUCAUACAGUCAUCACUGCACACUGAGGCAAAAUCGUACUUCCAUUCCUUGUCACACUGAUGAUACAGUGUAUGUCCGCUGAGGCCAAAGUGAAUCAUGUGUUUAUUGUAAAAAUGGUUUGGAUCUUUGAGUCUCUGAAAUAAAUACAAAUGAAAUUC